CUAACCCAGGAAAUCCAGGAAAUCCAGGAGAGCCAGGAAACCCAGCAGGACCAGCAGGACCAGGAGAACCAGCAGGACCAGCAGAACCAGCAGACUCAGCAGACUCAGCAGACCCAGCAAACACAGGAGACCCAGCAGGACCAACAGGACCAGGAGAACCUGGAGAGCCAGGGGAACCAGGAGACCCAGGAAAACCAGCAGAACCAGGAAAUCACAAUCGCCGACGGAAGGUUCCGUAUAGACUACAAAAUUGCUUCUGGAGGCUACAGCCGCGUGUACGUAGGCACCGACAAGAAAACCAAUCAACAAGUGGCUAUCAAACUUGAGGAGGUCAACCAAGGGGUCAGCUCACCGUCCCGCAGGGGGGAGACGGUAAAGCUUGAGGGACGGCUAUACCGCAAGCUCCCUCCCCAUAGCUACCCCAAACUGCAUUGGACGGGCACGACCAGAGGCGGGCUGUAUGAUGCCCUGGUGACGGACCUGCUUGGCCCGUCAUUAUGGAAUUUGUGGGAGUACUGCAAAUACUCCUUCACCCUAGAUACUCUAUGCAACAUCGCCAUCCAGGCGCUCAAGCGCCUGCAAGGUCUUCAUAAGAAGGGUAUCAUCCAUAACGACAUCAAACCGACCAACUUCGCCAUGGGGUCUGGCAAGAACGGCAACACGCUGUAUCUUAUUGAUCUCGGACUUGCCAAGACAUUUGAAGAGGUCAAGCACAAGGAGAAGGUGAAAAGGGUUGGCGGCCUGCUAGGUACACCGUGCUACGCACCUCUGGAAGCUCUGCGAGGAAGAACGAGAUCAUACCGAGACGACCUCGAGUCCCUGGGCCUCACUCUUAUCGAGCUAUCCAAGGGUGAUUUGCCGUGGGGGGAUGCGAGAGACUCCCUGUGCCUGGAGCAGCGGGCGAAGAUCACGCUGGACGAGCUUUGUUCCGAGCUGCCGGAGGUGCAUUUCCUUAUGGAGCAUGCACGGAAUUUGCGCUUUGAUCAACUGCCAAACUAUCGCCAGCUGAUCAAGAAGUUUGAAAAGGCGCGCUCCACACCUGAAUCGGGACAGACCUGGAUAUUUGAUUGGGUCAAGGUCAGGUAUCAGCGGAUACAGAAAAAGGUUGAAGAGCAGGCGGCAGGUCUAGAGAACAGAAGGCGCUCUCGGGACGCAGAUGAUGAAGGCGAGGCAGAGGGACCUCCCCGGAGCCGGCCCCGGCAGCAAUAG